UUUUCGGGCAUCCCUAAUUACCAACCUGUCAACUUUAAACCUAACCUGGUUAUUUCGAAUUUUUCUGAGAACUAUAAAUAGCAUUUUUUCUUUUACAAAGCUGAUAUAGUUCAUAAAAUGUUAUUUUAUUGGGUAUAUUUACAACAUAUUUUAACGACUAAUAAUUCGUUGCAUUUUGUGAAGUGGUAGUGUAAGUUUCAAUUGAUAAAUUCGAUAAAUUAUAUAUCAAGAUGCCUGGAAAAGUGAAGGUAAAAAUUAUAUCUGGAAAAAAUCUACCUGUUAUGGAUAGAUCUAGUGAUACGACAGACGCUUAUGUUGAAAUUAAAUUGGGCAAUACUACUUAUAAAACGGAGGUAUGUCGCAGAACAUUACAUCCUCAAUGGAAUUCUGAAUGGUAUAGAUUUGAGGUGGACGAUUCAGAAUUACAAGAUGAACCUCUCCAAAUAAGACUUAUGGACCAUGACACAUAUUCAGCAAAUGAUGCUAUAGGAAAGGUAUAUUUAAAUUUAAAUCCACUGUUACUUCCAGUAGUUGGUGAGUUAGGUGAUAAUAGUUCUCACCAUGAAAUAUCAGGGUGGAUACCAGUUUAUGACACUAUGCAUGGGAUAAGGGGAGAAGUCAAUGUAACAGUUAAAGUAGAAUUAUUUUCAGACUUUAAUAGAUUUCGCCAGUCUUCAUGUGGAGUACAUUUCUUUUAUUCACCAACUAUCCCACAAGGCUAUCAAGCAAAAGUUAUCAAUGGUUUUGUUGAAGAAUUAAUAGUGGAUGAUGAUCCAGAAUAUCAAUGGAUUGAUAAAAUUAGGACUCCCAGGGCCUCAAAUGAGGCCCGGCAAACCUUAUUUUUUAAGUUAUCUGGAGAAUUACAGAGAAAAAUUGGUGUAAAAGCAUUAGGAUUAGGAGCAAAUGCUGUGAUAGGAUAUAAACAGUGUUUUGAUCUUGAAGGCGAAUCUGGAAUAGUUGCCAGAGGAAUAGGAACUGCAGUAACACUAGUUAAAACUACUAUUGGUCAUCAUGGACUUGUAGAAACAAGAGAAGAGGAUAUAGAAAACUACUUAAAUUUUGUUGGUGAUGGGAAAAGCUUUAGCUUACGCGCCAGUUUACCUUCCCUCAAAUUAUAUAAAUAUUUACCUACUUAUAAGCCAUUUUCUUCAUUAGAUAUAACAAACCGCAAAUUAAAAUUUUUAAAAUCUGAUUUUAACCCAUUAGCAUCACAGUUAAUAACUGCCUCAAAUCCCUCAUUAAAUAACGACGCUGCAUCUCUAAAAAUCCUUUUAAAUCAAGAAGACAAGCGCGGUGAAUCAGUAAUUACCAGGAGGUUUCAAAAAUUUAAAGAGUCACAAAAAUCUUUGUCAAAGAAAAUGACAGCCUUAAAAGCCAAAAUUAAUGAUAGUAUUGGCGAGGAGGCAGAUGAAAAUAGUCCUGUAAGCACACUUGAAAAAAGACCCUUUAAAAGGUCUUGUAGUGAUUCAAGUGCCAUGGCAGAAAUUUUAGCAAGGUCUGUAAUGCAUGCCACAACUAGCUUGAGCAGUAUUCUUGAAGAUCAAACUCUUACAAACAAUGAGGAUGAUACAACACAAACGCUGGAACCUGUGGCCUCUUUACUAAGUAAAGCUGAAUCACAGAUUAGUAUUCCAGAUGAUGUUCAAUCAUAUGUCAGUUCAGAUUCCAGCAGCAGUAGUUCUGAGUAUGAAUACAGAAGUUACAGAAAGGGUAGCAAUGAAAUGGACACAAUUAGUAGCAUUAUAAGUAAUGUAGAAAAAAUUCAGAGAACUUUGUUAAGAGGUCAUUUACAGAAACAGUAUUCAUUACCUUCUAUUCCAACUAGAGGUUUUUCAUUAACUAGCCUAGAUUAUUUGAAUAGUAGUCAAACUAAAAUAGAUAAACUUGGUGAUGAAACAGAACAUUUGGAAUAUUAUCCACUUACUGGUUCAUCUACCAAUCUAAGUCUUAAAUCUGUCACAGAGGAAGACAUCCUAAAUCUCAAAGAAAAAAGUAAUGAAUCUCCAUCAUCACACGAGCAUCAAGAUAUUUCCAGUUUAACAAAUCCUUUAGAGGACCUAAAAUCAAUAAAAUUAGUUAAAGAAGGACAAGAAAUAAUUCAAAAAUAUGAACAAGAAAUAAAAGAACUGAAUCAAGAAGAUUUAGAAUCUCAGUUACCUAAUUCUAGAGAGAAUGAAGAUAAAAUUAAUCUGGCAAAUUCAGAUGAUCUGUAUACCAACCAAGUUCACUAUCCAAUUGUACCUUCUUUUGAAGUAAGUAAUGAAAAUGAUAUUAAAAGUAUUGCACCUGUAGACAUUGAAAAUAUUCAAAUUGAAUCCGACAAAAUAGUGAAAACAGCAAUACAAACUAUGCUCUUAGAGAAAUUCAAUAUACUAGGCACUUAUACUCCUCCAACUUCCCCAAUAGUUUCAGAUGAAUCCUCCAUUAAUAGAAAAGAUAAAUUUGAGUUCAACGAAUCUUCUCAUACAAAACCUUUAAGUAAAGAUGCUAAAAAGCCCCAUAAACAAAGAGAGACAGUACUUGGCAUGCCCUUCACUUCACUAUCAUCUUUAAAAUCUAUAGGUGGUAGUACUAUGCACAAAGAAGGAUUGUGUUAUUUAUCAGAUACUCAGCUAAACCAACCUAUGAUAGAGACGUUUCAAGAAAAGAAUUUAAGAAAAAAACGAUUCAAAUUUCUUCACGGAAAGCAGAAUGAUAAUGGGAAGCAUGGGAAUGUAUUUAAUAAAUUUUCCAAGCACAGCAAACAUGAAAUUCCUCCCUUUGAAAAUAAAGAACAUCAUCCUACAUUUCUUUCGCGAAUGUUUCACUUAGGGCAUGAAGAAAAGUUAAUUAAGAAUGUUGAAACCCAAACCUCAAACGAAAUUUUAUCUGUUCGCGAUUUUAGUACUAACCAAUCAUUAUCCCCUGGUCAAUCUAAUAUAGCCCAAAGGUCACCUGGACUCAGCGACAAUCCAGGUGACCAAUCUGCUAGCCGCAAUUCUGAAUUAGCAUGCAUAACAUCAAACAGGCACCACAGUUUCCCAGCACAAGACAAAAACGACAUGAAUGGUGAAAAAAAAGACCAGAUCAGUCCAGAUAUUGUCAAGAUAUCAAACUCUCCACUCAAAUCCAACAACAUGCUUGCUCUGCACAGGAGAUCUUCAGAUUCUGAUCUCAGCAUUACACCUAAAGGGAACAGUUUGACUGGGAGUGAUAGAUCUGUUGGUAACACUGCAGCUUAUUUUAUGAGAAACAACUACUGCAGACGUGGAGGGCAAGUCAACCAAGAUACUUUCGAAAUUUUGGAAUUCCCAUUUUUGACAAUGUCAAAAUUUCCUUCCAAGUUUAUUUUACAUAUAGCUGGUUCGAUAAACGCUCGUUCAGUAAAAUUAUUAGAGAGAAUUUCUAAUGUUGAAGAACCAGAAUCUAGAGACAUAUGGUGGUCAGAAAUACGUAUGGAAAUUAGAUCACAUGCCAGGAGUUUAAAUUGCAACGUUGUUUUGGGCUAUACAGAGUCAACAAGUAUAUGCGAAGAUGUGUGUGUCUUAAGUGCAUGUGGUACAGCAGCAGUGAUAGACUUUAGCAGUCUUAGUGGAGAUGAGGAGAAUUUAUCACAUGUACAAGUUGUGUCAAAAGCAACUGAAAGAGAGAAAAAUAUGAAUGGACAAUAUAGAUUAUCGCAUGAAAGCCCAUAUCACAAAGAACAUUCAUCAAAUCCUUGUAGUAUCACUCACCUUCCUUUUGACAAUAAAAAAGUAUCUAUGAAAGCAAAGUUUGCUAAAUGCUUUAUGUGUCACAAAGGUAGAGUACCGGAAGUACUAGUAGCUACUAUUGAGCCUCCUGAAUCCCUCCCUUCAGUAGGAAAGGGUUGUUUUAUCGAAGCUCACGUUUUAAGACCGCUGAAAGACUUGAGGGGGGAGACUAUUGCUAAAGAGAUAUCAGACGGCCUACCGUUCUUAGAAUACGAACUCCACAGGCUUUUGAUUAAUAAAUUGAAAAUCAAAAGCAUGAACGCCAUAUUUGGCUUGCAAAUACGCAUUACUCUUGGGGAGAAAAUGAUUGUGGGGGUUGCAACAGGGACAGGGAUGUAUUUAUCGCCUUUACCAUCGCCUGACUUGCCCAUACUGGUUACUGACAAAGCAUCUGAUGAAAAAAGAGUAGCUGACCUCCAGAAUAUGCUCUAUGAGACAGUAAAAAGAAAUAAAGAAAUUUAUCAAAUAAAGGAUGAUAAUCAAAAUAUAAAAUGUUUCUCAGAUGAUGACUCUGAUGAAGAAUUAACCAGCAUGGAAAUGCCUUAUUCCCUUGAUACUAGAGAUUGUUAUGUUUUAGAGGUGGAUGAUCCUGAUGAUGCCGAAGUUUUGCAUCUUUUAAUGGAAAACAGGGCUCCUAGUGGUUUCCAUGUAGUCAACACUGAAUCAGUGCUUGGUUUAGAGGAUUUGGAGAUAAUCAAAAAUUUACAGAUGUUUACUCAAAUUUACAGGGCUAAGAUUGUACCACCAUUUAAUUUACAGACUCACUUUAUAAGAAUAUUACAAAGUGUUUAUUUCAAAUUAAGACGCAUGGUUCCAUGUGCUUUAUGUAAUCUACAAUUCCGUAUUGCUUUACCUGAGCCAGAUGAAAUACAGUUAUAUGUAAUAGGUAUGGCUUUAGGAUUAGGACAAAAGACUAAAAAAAGUCAAGUUAUUUUAUCAACAAAAAGGCCUGAAGAAGAAUUAAUGUUUAAAUUGGAUGAAGACCAUCCUCAAGAGAAUUCUCCAUCUUAUCUAGUAAGGCCUCGUCUCCCAAGUUUAAAAUCAAGAUCACACAAGUCUCCAUCAAAAACCAGACCAUCAUCAAUAAAACAUGAUAAUGUUCAUCAAAAUGAUCGGCAUGGAGUUGAUAUCACUCCUUUAAGUUAUGUUCCUGGAGCUACUAUUGAACAAUAUUUAGGAAAUUUAAACUUCUUUUUUAUUAGAGAGACUACAUCAAUAAGAGAGGAAGGCGGGUUGAGUGGAUUUAUCCAUAGUUUCGUGACCGAAGUUUUAGCUAUAGUGAGAUCACAUGUGACAGCUUUAGGAGGCAACGCAUUAGUAGCUUAUUUCAUGACUGAGUGCGUACUUAAUCACAAUCUUCACAAGAACCAGGGCCAAUGUCUCAUCAAUGUAGGUGGGGAUGUUGUUUCUGUAUCUUACAUCAAAGAUGACACUUAGAUUUUAGUUACGCGAUAUUUGCUUAUGUAACUGUUGAGUUCCUGAUUUUUGUUAUUGCCUUAAUAUUUAUAGCAAUCUUUAUUAUAGCUAGAUAAUCAUUACAUUUGAGGGAAAAUAUCUUAUUGGCUUCCAAUAUUUUCUUGACAUAGGUAAUAAUAUCAAAUUUUUAGCUUGAAAUUGCAUUCGAAAUUUCUAAAAAAUAUUAAAUUUUACAAUAUACAGUCUUGAAUAAGUGCAAAUGUUUUUAAGGGUGGCAUAUUUCGAUGCCUGCAAUGGGAUCCCUAUGAGGUUUUUCUCGAAUUUUUUUUUAGAUUUCUAGUUAAAAAAUUAAUUUACUACCGAUUUUGUCAUAUUAUUUAAUAUAACAACAUCGGUAGUAAAUUAAACUGAAAAUAUGUAUUUGCACUGAUUUAUGACUCGCCCUGUAUAGUCAUUUUAUAGUUCUUUUAACUAUUUUCAUGAAUCAAAAAUUUUGACACCAAUUAAAAUAACCUACAGAGGGUUGUUUAGUUUUAAACCUUAACUAUAUUUCAAAAUUAUUCUUUAUGUGUGACACAGGGUGUUUUACAAAUAUAAUUGAUUUAAAAAAUACAAUAAAAUAGCAUAUAUAUUCAAUUUUUUAACGUAAAGUAUUGUAAAUCUCUGUGAAUUUUGUUAAUAAAUACGUAUUUUUAAUAUCCCUCAGUGUUCAAAUAUAGUAUAUAUUUUUGUGAUAUGACAGUAACUGUUGUUGCGAUGGGAAAGUUCAAAAUGUUUAAAAUUAGACUAGUUUUAUUUUAGAGUACUUAAAAACAUAGUUUUUACUAUACUAGAAAUGAUUUUAUCUCUUUCUAGACCUAUAUUGCUCAAUAUUGUACUUAAAACUCUCUUCAAGUAUGCCUUUUGUAUAAGACCAGCAAUAAAUUCGUUGCAGAACAUUUGAUCCCGCACUAUAUAUAGACAAUUCAUGACAAGUAAUAAAUGUCUCUAGUGUUUCGAAGCUUUACAUAGGGAAAUUUGACAAAUCAAAUGAAAUCAAAGCAAUUUAAUUUUAUUUGCAGUGAUAAGGUAUGCUUAAAAUUAUACCGUAAGGUCGAGAAAAAAGAGACAAUCGUUUGUAAUUUGGUUCGAAUGGUAGUCGGGAAACUUCGGCUGCAUAUUCUACAGAUAAAAAUUAGUAAAAAUGUUCGUAUAAAUGUAUGUCCUAAAAUGAGUCGUUUCGGAGAUACAGGGUGUAGA